CCUCGUCGUCUUCGAUCUUCCCUCUUAAACCGCUUCACCCUCCGAAAUCUUCCUCUGUUUCCUUUCCAUAACCAAAAACCCUAGCUUCUCUCCUGCAACAAUGAACUGUUCAAUUUCCGGCGAGGUGCCGGAGGAGCCUGUGGUGUCCAAGAACUCGGGCUUACUAUUCGAGAAGCGCUUAAUUGAGAGACACAUAGCGGAUUAUGGAAAAUGCCCAGUUACUGGGGAAUCACUUACCUUGGAUGAUAUUGUCCCCAUAAAAACAGGAAAAAUUGUGAAACCGAGAUCAUUAACAGCAGCUAGUAUCCCUGGGAUGCUUGGGAUGUUCCAGAAUGAGUGGGAUGCUUUGAUGCUAUCCAAUUUUGCAUUGGAGCAACAGUUACAUGCAGCUAGACAAGAGCUAAGUCAUGCGCUUUAUCAGCAUGAUGCUGCUUGCCGUGUCAUUGCAAGACUUAAAAAGGAAAGGGAUGAAGCUAGGUCAUUCCUUGUGCAAGCGGAGAGACAGCUACCAUUGCUAGCAUCAACAGCUGUGGCAGCCAAUGCUUCUGCUCUUAGCAAUGGGAAAAGAGCUGCAGAAGAUGAGGAUUUGGGCCCUGGUGCAAAGAGAAUGCGUCCUGGGAUUUCUCAGAACAUCAUUGCUGAGCUGACUGACUGUAAUACAGCACUUUCAAAGCAACGUAAAAGUCGACAGAUAUCUCCAACAUUGGCUCCCUUGGAAGCUUUGGAGAGAUAUACCCAGGUUCAUAGUCAUCCUCUUCACAAGACAACCAAAGCUGGGAUCACUUCAAUUGAUAUCAAUUUUUCAAAGGAUAUCAUUGCCACAGGAGGGGUUGAUUCAAAUGCUGUGCUCCUUCAUCGAACUUCAGGACAGAUCAUAUCUACUCUUAGCGGUCACUCAAAGAAGGUUACAAGUGUAAAAUUUGUAGCUCAGAAUGAUUUAUUUUUAAGUGGCUCAGCAGAUAAGACUGUUCGUGUUUGGCAAGGAUCCGAAGAUGGGAACUAUGAAUGUUGCCAUGUCUUGAAGGAGCAUGCAGCAGGGGUGCAAGCUGUAACUGUUCACGCUACAAAUAACUACUUUGUGACUGCUUCCCUUGAUAGCACUUGGUGCUUCUAUGAUCUUUCAUCUGGUUCAUGCUUAGCACAGGUUGCACACCCUUCAGAUUCCCAGGGCUACACAUCUGCUGCUUUUCAUCCUGAUGGUCUCAUCCUUGGAACUGGCACCUCAGAUGCUGUUGUUAGAAUUUGGGAUGUAAAAAGUCAGGGAAAUGUUGCAAACUUUGAUGGACACACUGGUGCAGUAUCUGCUAUAUCUUUUUCAGAAAACGGUUACUUCCUUGCGACUGCAGCUCAUGAUGGUGUCAAACUGUGGGAUCUGCGUAAAUUGAAGAACUUCCGAUCAUUUGAGUUGUAUGAUUCAAAUACUCCAACAAACUCUGUGGAUUUUGAUUAUAGUGGAAGUUACCUUGCAAUUGCAGGCUCAGAUAUAAGAGUUUACCAAGUCGGCACAGUUAAAACAGAAUGGAACUGCCUAAAAACCUUACCUGAUUUGUCUGGCACAGGUAAAGUAACAUCAGUUAAAUUUGGUCCAGAUGCAAAGUACUUGGCAGUGGGAUCAAUGGAUCACAACCUCCGUAUGUUCGGCCUGUCUGAGGAUGGUGUUCCAGAAGAGUCAUAGAACGCCUUGUUUUCACCUAUAUGGGAAGCAUGUCAAGACUUGAAAGCAUUACUCCAAUUGCUGUUGAUGGCUGGCGUGGUUUAUUGGCUGCAAAGUAACAUGCCAGAAUGUAAGCUACUGUUUAAUUUUAAUUAAUGGUAUUUUCUGUGCACCUGUACUUCCAAUAAUGCUGGCAGCAAGCAGGUGUACAAUUGUUUGUUGGGCCAUUUUUGACAGCAAAUCGAGUUGGGAAGGGACGACAUUCUUCAAGCGAUGACGAAAAUAUGACCAGUCAUUAUCUAUUGGGUAUGUUGAACCUAUAAGUUUCAAGUCAGGUUCCCUUUGUUAUAAUUGGAACAUGAAUAAUUACAAUUUUCCUCUAAUGCUUAGUUAUGUAUUUUAGUAUCAGAUAGCCUUCGCAGUAGAUUUGUAUCUUGUAACUUCAUUUGCAAAUGCUUAGUUAUGCCGAUAGCUGCAUUGCGUAUAAAAUAAUAAAUGAAUA